AUUGUUCUAAUCACUUGCACCAUUUAUGAUAAAUAUUUGAUCUUGAGUUUUUUUUUUUCCUUGUAAAUUGAGUAAUGACAUAUUUAUUGAUAAUUAGCUCGUGGGUUAAGUAAAAGCCGCUGGAUCAAUAAGGUGCUCAUGUACUCUGGGCAGGAUUAUCAAGACUGGCCGCAAUUCAUAUAUUUUCCUCUUUAUUUUGGGCCAAUCGGAACUUCAUACUCUGCCUUUUCUUUUCCCUGCAUCCAUAAAUCGGUAUCCUGGAACCAAAAGGCCAUCUCCGAAAAGAAUCUUUUUUAUUUGGAAUUUUUUCCAAAGGGCAACAGAAAAAGUGAACGAAGAAUUAAUGGUUGCUUUGUCCAUGGUUCCAUUUUUCGGUACAAUUCGUCCUUCUCCGUCUUCCCUCACCUGUUUUGUGCCUUAUAGACGCCCACUAUCUAUCUUCACUUAUCCAACUUCAGCUUCUACAAAUGGGUUCUCUCCGUUUAAGAAGAUUCUUCAAGCUUGUCUUAGCUCUAAUCCUACCAUUGGAGAUGCUGUUGUGGAUUUACCUGUAGAACAAUCUGAAAUUAUAUUCAUGGGAACAGGAACUAGUGAAGGGAUUCCUCGUGUCAGCUGUCUAACCAAUCCUCUAAAGAAAUGCUUGGUCUGCACAAAAGCUUUGGAACCAGGUAACAAAAAUAAGCGACUCAAUACAAGCAUUCUUAUUCGUUAUUCUAUGCAGUCUGGAAGACGCAAUAUUUUGAUAGAUGCUGGCAAGUUUUUCUACCACAGUGCUCUUAGAUGGUUUCCUGUCUUUGGGAUAAGAACAAUUGAUGCGGUUAUUAUUACUCAUUCUCAUGCUGAUGCGAUUGGAGGUCUUGAUGAUCUUCGUGACUGGACAAACAAUGUUCAGCCAUAUAUUCCAAUUUAUGUUUCAAAACGUGAUUUUGAGGUUUAAGUCUCAUUCCCAUUUUU